CGGGAACAAUGCUCCAACACGGAAGUGAAGAUGAGUUUUGACAGAAAUGUGUUUACUAUAAUUUAAUAGCGUUAAUUUUACAUCCUUUUAGACCACAGCACGGGAGUACCGUUAUUUGGAUCAACACUCGCUAACAUAAAGCGAAAAUGUCUGCAAGAAAACGUCGCAGCAACGAUUUAAAAGAGAAAACACAAACUAGCGCUCCUUGUGGAUUGAAGGACAAUGUGCCACAUCAGAGAAGGAACUUCCACUUUGACCUGUGGUUCUGCCUGACUCUGCAGAACUGGAUACUGGACUUUGGAAGACCUAUUGUCAUGAUUUUCCUUCCUCUGGAGUGGUUUCCCCUGAACAAGCCCAGUGCUGGGGACUACUUCCACAUGGCCUACAACGUCAUAACACCAUUCCUAAUGCUCAAGCUGAUAGAGCGCAGCCCCAGGGCGCUGCCUCGCUCGGCGGUCUACCUCUGCAUCAUCACGUUCGUCAUGGGAGCCAGCAUCCACCUGGUGGGAGACUCCAUCAACCAUCGGCUCCUGCUCAGCGGCUACCAGCUCCACCUGUCAGUCAGAGAGAACCCCAUCAUCAAAGACCUCAAACCGGCCUCACUGAUUGACUCCUUUGAGCUGCUGUAUUUCUAUGACGAGCAGCUCGGACACUUGAUGUGGUAUAUUCCUUUCUUCAUUAUCCUGUUCAUCUAUUUCACCGGCUGCUUCACCAAGGCCAGGGAACAGAAGAAGAUUCCUGUCUCUGGUUGGCUGUUGCUAGGACCCAGCUCCCUCUACUAUUGGUACCUGGUCACUGAGGGACAAAUCACUGAACUUUUUCUCCUCACCUUCCUUGCAAUGGUUGUCGUGGUGAUAAUCAAACAGCGUAAAGGCCUCAGCCCAGACAGCAACGGUCUCUUCCUGUUCUGUAGUUUCAGCGUUACUGUGCUGCUGGUGGCAUUGUGGGUGAUCUAUCUGUGGAGCGACCCGGUGCUACGCAACAAGUACCCCGGACUCAUUUACGUGCCAGAGCCCUGGUCCUACUACACCUUACAUAUAAAGCAGGACCACUGAGUUACAUCUGUCCAGCAGCUUCCUGUGACAAAUGUAGAGGCUGCACUCAACGUUGACGGAUGGUUGAGGACGGCUGUAGAAGUGCACAAACCUCACUGUUAUGCCCAAAGUUGUGCUGGCUUCAGCCAUAUAUUAAGAAGAGAUUUGUCUCUUUUCUUUUUUUAUUGAUACUCAGACUUUAGCAGUUGGGAAGUUUGAUGUAAAUUUAUAUAUGUAAUCAGAUCUGUUACACCUCUUGCAUCUUGAGACCUCUGAGACCAUUUUGUGGCCAUGAUUGAUUUUAGAAAUAGGUCUGCACUGACAUACAGCUGGUGAUGAGGAAUGACUGAGCCUUUUCACUGCUCAUAACCAACACUGUAAUACUUCUUUAGGGAGGAGGGAUUAAAUACAUGUUUAAGAUUCCUAAUUUUUCUAAUCCAAUUUACAUUUUUCCAAGCCCUGAAACAGGUGGUUCUGAAAGCUUUUUUUUAAUAACUAUCUACUUGAAUAAGCCCUACAGGGAGAGUAUCUGUUAUUUUAUUGAAGGAGUAAAAACCAGGACAGUGAUAAUCUGCUAAAGGGAAAAGGUUGUCUAUAGACCAGUCAAGCGGUUGGACAAAGUGGACCCUUUUAUGAUCCAGAUCAAGGUGAAUAAUACAGUGUAUGUAGAUACAUUUACUAGAACAUUUAAAAAUAAAUCUUACCUUGCAUAAGCUCAUCAAAUAAUUCCAUAAAUCAACAACUGAAUGCUUUGAGGUUGAAAUAAGUGUUCAUGGUUGUUCAAUAAAUGCACGCCCGGUUAUUGUCACCUUCUCUGGCCCUUAAGAAUGAAAAGGAGAAGAAGAAAAAAGAUAUGAAUAAUUCAUUCAUGUUACACAGAACAAUCCUCAAUAACAGGAUAAAGAUAAGUGGUACCGUUGGAAGAAUAACACCUUGAAAUUAGUUAGAAAAAAAACUAGUUUAGAUAUAUAAAAAAUAAAAAGAUACAUUUAAGUUCUGGAGAAAGAUCAAAUAUAAUAUUGUUACCAAAAGAGAAAGAACACAGUAUUGAAGUGAAUGUUAAAUCUAAUUGUGACUUUUUUAGUUUUGAGUAAAAACAUUCUCUCAGGUAUUCAAGGUCUCACGCUUUGUCAGAUAUAGAUGAGCUUCAUAUGUUCAGUCAUCGACAUGAGAGCUGUGAACUUUUACAUUUCCGUAUUACCUAUUUCUGACAUGAUGUGUUUAAGCAAUGUACAAUAUAAAAGUGUUCACAAUGAAAAGUCUAUUGUACAGAUGGUUAUGAUUGUUCAAAAGGUCAAGGAAACAUGAGGUUACUUUUGAGAUAGAAAAGAAAGAUUUAUUAAACCGAUGUUUUGUGUUUGUUGAUUUGAUCCUUUCUUUGUUUACAUGUUGAGUUAUUGUUCUUAAUGUAAAAUGUCCUUUGUUACUGUUUUGUACAAUAUGUUUCCUUUUCUGUUGCUGGUAAAUUACUGUUUAGUUAGUGGUUUCUCACUGGUUUUGUUUCACAUAUUUUUUUAUGUUUAUUAAAAUUGGAAAAUUAA